AUGUCAGGGCACCUCGUGCCUGUGGUGGCGGCCGUUGGACUGCUGGCAUUGGUCGCGCUUGCUGUCUAUCGCCUGCACUUCAGCCCCCUCGCUCGCUUCCCGGGACCGAAACUCGCUGCUCUCACCAGGUGGUACGAAGCCUACUAUGAGAUCUGGUGCCAGGGCCACUACUACCGUGAGAUCGAUCGCAUGCACGACAUUUACGGCCCCGUGGUCCGAGUCGCUCCCGAUGAGCUCCAUAUCAGGGAUAGCAAGUUCUUCAACAGCGUGUACAUGAACCCCAAGGUCAACAAGCAUGGCUGGGACAAGAGAUUCGGGGCCCAGACCUCGACCUUCACUACGGUGGAGAGUGCUCCGCACCGGCGGAGGCGUGCGGCGCUCAGCCCAAUGUUCUCGAAACGAGCCAUUCAAGGAUUCGAACCGUUUAUUCGUCGCCAUGUUGAGCUCUUCUCUCAGAGAAUCGGGAAGUUCAGCCUCAGCAAGAAACCUUUGGUUGUGACGGAUGCUUUCCCUGCUUUUACUGGUGAUAUCAUUAUGGAGUAUUCGUUUGGGUUUAUGUAUAACCAACUCGAGGCUCCUAAUUUCGCAUCUUUUCAUGAAGCGUUUAUGGCUAUUGGUUCUUCGGGACAUAUUGCUGCUCAGUUUCCUUGGUUUCUCUCAUUGAUGAACUCAAUCCCAGACGCCAUCGUAGCCAGCCUCCAACCAGCACUAGGAAGCUUACUCCGCCUAAAAAAAGACCAAUGGGACCUCGUAACCCUCACCAUCCGCGGCGGCAAAGAACAAGCCGAAAAAGCCUCCCACCGCACCAUCUUCCACGAGAUCCUCCAGAGCAACCAGCUCCCCCCCUCAGACAAAACCCAACAACGCCUCGCCGACGAAGCCCAGACCGUCGUCGGCGCCGGCGUCGAAACAACCUCCUUCACCCUCUCCGUCGCCCUCUUCCACAUCGUCAACACACCCCACAUCAACGCCCGCUUACACACCGAACUCCGCGCCGCGUCCCCUAACAAAGAUACCCUUCCCUCUUUACAGGACCUAGAGCGGCUUCCCUAUCUCAAAGCCUGUAUCCAGGAAGCGCUCCGCCUGUCCUACGGCCUCACGGCUCGGAAUCCGCGCACGCAUGACAAGGAAUUGCGGUAUGGGGACUGGAUCAUCCCCGCGGGGACGGUGGUCGGGAUGACGAUUGUGGAUGUGCAUCAUGAUGAGAGCAUAUUUCCGGAUUCGGAAAUGUAUAGGCCGGAGAGGUGGUUGGGGGAUCCGAGGACGGGGGAUGGAGAUGGGGAUGGGGUGCCGUUGGAGCAUUAUUUGGUUUCUUUUGGGAGGGGGCCGAGGAGUUGUUUGGGGAAUAACAUGGCCUGGGCAGAACUCUACCUAGUCCUAGCAAUGAUGUUCCGCAGAUACAAGUUCUCGCUGUACGACACGGACGUCAGUGACGUGAGGCUGGAGCACGAUUUCUUCAUCCCGAAUGUGAAGCUGAGUAGUAAGGGGGUUAGGGUCUUGGUGGAGGAGGUUGAGGAUUGA